CAAGAAAGUGCUAGCGCAAGGCAUCGUGGGAUACUUAAAAUGGCGGACUGGAAGAAAAAUUUUGUUUGUUAGUUUGUGCGUUUUCCAUAAGUUGUCGUCUAGUCGUUGUCUCGAGAGAUUUGAAUUUUUAUCCUUUGGUCGGCCGCGGUCACGAUGGCCAACAAACAGUUAAGAAUUUUGGCAUGCGGUGACGUAGAAGGCAGGUUCAGCCAGCUGUUCAAACGAGUCUCCUCCAUCCAGAAGAAAAGCGGAGACUUCGACAUGCUGCUGUGUGUGGGAGACUUCUUUGGGAUCACGGCCGGAGCUCGCACCGAGUGGCAGCAGUACCUGGAGGGCAGACAGAGGGCGCCGAUCGCAACAUACAUCCUGGGAGCCAACAAGCCUGAACAUCUGGAAUUCUACGGGGAGGAGGAUGGGGGUGAACUCUGUGAAAACAUCACAUACUUAGGUAGAAAGGGAGUGUUCACAGGGGCCUCUGGACUGCAGAUAGUCUACUUAAGUGGAGUAGAAGGAGAGGCAGAAGAAGGCUGUUGUUUCUCCAAGACUGACGUUACAGCUCUUUGCGAGUCCCUCAUAAACAAGUAGAAAUUUCAAGGGGUGGACAUCCUAUUGACGUCUCCAUGGCCAAGAGGAGUCACAAACUUUGGGAACAGUGUGGAAGGUGGCAGUGCUCCACAGGGGUUGGUCACUGUUGCAGAACUGGCCAAAAUCCUUCGGCCCCGGUAUCACUUCAGCGGACUGGAAGGUGUCUUCUACGAGAGACUUCCCUACAGGAACCACAGGGUGCUUGCUGAGAGCGACAAACACGUCACACGCUUCCUGGCUCUAGCCAAGGUGGGCAACCCGGAGAAGAAGAAGUACCUGUACGCAUUUAACCUGACCCCAUUGACUAACAUGGACCAGUCUGAACUGGUAAAGCAACCUCAUGAUGUAACCGAGUGCCCUUACAAGUCUGAAACGGGUAGGCAAGAACAGUCUCCAGAAGGUGAGGAGGAUACUGGGUUGCAGUACCGCUAUGACUUGUCAGGAGGAGCUCAUGGACAGGGCAGGAAGCGAGGACACCAGGGAGGAGACAGGGGACCUGGUGGGGAGAAGAAGUCCCGCCCUCCCCCUAAGCCCACGGGUCCCUGCUGGUUCUGCCUGGCCAGUCCUGAGGUGGAGAAACACUUGGUGGUCAGUGUGGGUGACCACACCUACCUGGCACUGGCCAAGGGGGGACUGGUGCCUGACCAUGUGCUCAUCCUUCCCAUUGGUCACUACCAGUCGAUGGUAGAAGCCACGGCCGAGGUCCAUGAAGAGAUUGAGAAGUACAAGUCUGCUCUACGCAAACUGUUCCAGUCCCAAGGAAAGGAAUGUGUGUUCUAUGAGAGGAACUAUAAGACACAACACUUACAGAUCCAGGUUGUUCCAGUGCCCUCCCACCUGUCUGAGGAUGUAGGAGAAGUUUUUCAGGAACAGAGUCAGAUGAAGAACCUAGAGCUGGCCGAACUCCCCAGACACACCGACCUCAAGCAGGUCGUCCCCUCGGGCGCGCCCUACUUCUACCUUGAACUUCAUUCCGGUGGCAAGUUCCUCCACAGGAUAAGGAAGUUCUUCCCUCUACAGUUUGGUCGGGAGGUCAUGGCUAGCUCCCCUCUCCUGGACAUGCCAGGCAGGGCAGACUGGAGGAACUGUAAAUCCUCCAAAGAGGAGGAAACAGAGACGGCAAAAAUUUUCCGUAAGGCAUUCCAGGGUUAUGACUUCAACCUGAUGUAGUUUCUAAUGUACAUGUAGGUGCCUCAGAGGUAGCUUUCACUCAGAGGUAGCUUCCACUCAGAUGUAGCUUUCACUCUGAGGUAGCUUUCAGUCCAUUUAGCAUUUCUGUACCACAUUUGCUAAAUAUGUACUUAUUUCUGGUAUCAUACUGUUUUAGAUGGAUCCAAAUUGACCACUGUAAAUAAAUCAUACAUGUAUUGGUAGCAUGAAGAAACAACUUUGGAACUUUUUUUAUUUUCUGCAGAAGGGACACUUUUUAUUUCGAUGACAAAAUGAUCAUGAGUAUUUGAUGUUUUUUAUGUAGUAUAAUUGUUUCAAAAGCCUCUACGACUGAAUACAAAGCUUGCUGGUUGUACUGUUGUGUAUCAUGUCUUUAAUGCUGUUUUGCAAUAUUGUUCUGUUUUAUUUUAUUCAUUAAUUUUUGCUCAUGAAAUUCACUGUUAAGACAGUAGUGGCUUCCAAUGGUGUACAUGAUGUAAAUGAUGUUUGAUGAUGAACAUGUUUUAGAUUUUAAUAAAGUUGAGAUACUCUUUUA